AAGUCUCACAGCUUUUUCUUAUCUCAUGAAGUAGUCGCAAUUUCAGUCUCAAUUAAAGCGUUGUUCAGUGUGGUAAUCUCAGCUAGAGAUUGAUAUAAAAUCUAAAUAUGCUGCGAACAAUUCACAUAUGCCUUGGAAUGCUGCUGUUCUCGAUGUCGCUGGCUCUGCCCGCUGAUUACUCCAAUCCCAAGUCUCAGGUGGAGUACAUAAGCAUGCAGCCAGGAGGACAACCAAAGCCCCUAGUUGUGCCCAUAACCAGGCCACCAUUGAUCGACCUAACACCGGCACCGCCACCGAGUGAUUCUAAAAAUUUUGCAUACAAUCCAAUAACAAAGACCUGGACACAGAUAUCAGCACAUGAUCCGCGACCAGAUGAAGAUUCUUUGGUAUGGAAUCAGAGCAAUGACAAGUGGUUAACCAAUCCGCCAGUACCGGAAAAUAAGUUAAUUAAUAAAGCUGUUUGAUUGUAAUUACUUACAAGAAUAUAUUAUUUACAUUAUUCGUUUAUACGAGA